AUGACAGAUUUGCCUUCAAUUUCCAACAUAUCCUUAUCGUCGAAGAAUGGAUCAAUCACUAGUGCCUCACAACUGCGGGCAUACCCCGAUCACGGUGUGGAUACGCGUCAACUGCUCAACGUAUGCGAUGACAACCUCCUAAAACACCCACACAAAGGCCAUGCCAAUGUAAACUCAGUAGCCAGUUCCGGUAUAAAUACGUCAGGCUUAGUGAUCUCGCCAUCACCCUCUAAUAUCGCACUAUCCUCGAAAAACGGGUCUAUCUCCAGCCUCCCACAAAUAGAAAUAUUUCAGGACAAUGAGACGAGUUCACGCCAAGUACAACUACAGAGUGGGGGUGCAGAUUCGCGGCUAACAAACCCGGAAGCAAGCCCAAACACACAGAUUGCACACAUUUUGCGAUCCCAAUCACCUGCACAAGAAUACGAUCCACACAAAGAAGUACCGCGGAUAGUGUUCGAUCUAGGCUCUCAGGCCGAUCUGAGUAGCGGCGUAGUAACUCCAAUUCAGGAAUAUAGGAGGAAAACCCAGGCAGAACUCAACUAUGGCUAUAAGGAACGGCAAAUCCUAAUACUGGGUGGCUGGGCCCUGAGUUUCAAUGCCGGGUUUAUCAAUGCCGUAUUCCUAAGUUGUCAGUUCAGUCAUUCGGUCGCCUUCGUAUCCGGGACGGUAUCUACUUCGGGAGUGGCUGUGGGCAAUGGUGAUUGGGCCAAAUUCGGCGAAUUAUUUGGGCUGUGGUGUUCCUACUACAUCGGGGGUGUCAUUUCGGCGUUGAUGAUACCCAACCGAAGCUUUAAAAUGGGGUUUGCAUAUGGCAGGGUUCUACUUGUUGUUUGCGCGCUUCUGUUGGGAUCUUACUUCGCGAUAGAGUACUCGGCGAAGCUGCCGGCCUGGUACCAAGCUGCUCUGGCCUUAGGAAUGCAGAAUGCAAUAACAACAACGUUUGAUGGCGCCGUGGUGCGAACAACACACUACACUGGAAUGACCACUGAUCUAGCCAUACUGACCGCCUAUGCCAUGACUGGGCGCAUAAGGAAGAGCGAAUACUGGAAGUUCAUGCUAUUCAUACCUCAGCUGCUCUCCUUCUUUUGUGGCAACAUCGUGGGCGUUUUAGUGUAUCAUUACCAAGAUGUUCAGGCACGAGCCCUGUUCAUCCCGGGCUUUGUAUCCGGAAUCCUAGGUAUCAUAUAUGUCUUCAAUUUGUCGCAGAUCUUCAACACCUCAUUCUACGCCAUGAUGACACACGGACAGGAAGGUCUACUGGGAGCACUGGCGCGCGAGGCGGGGGGCGUUACACUGACAAGUGGUCGUGAUCUGUUGAUGCGCGACAUAUUCUGA